AUGAGUCAACCAAUAUAUGAUCCAAAACAAGGAGGCUUUCGUGUCUUUAUCGGAAAUUUGGGUGCACGAACCAAUAUAUCGGAACUGCAACAUGAAUGCGAACGAUAUGGACCAUUAGUAGAUUGCUGGGUUGCUCGCAAUCCACCAGGAUUUGCAUUUAUACUUUACAAAUACGGAGAAGAUGCAGAUGGAGCUGUACGAAACAUGGAUGGACGUGUAAUAUGUGGACAACGCGUACGAGUUGAACAUGCCAAAGCUCGUUCAGCAAAUUAUCGUGGUGGACCGUCGCACGGUGGCCAUAAGUCAGGAAGCAAAGACUAUGAUAGUUUUGGAAACGGUCGAGAUGAUGGUCGAAGACGUCGUCGCUCACGCUCUCGUAGCAGUAGUCGGGAACGUACAAAGAAGAAAUCUUCCCGUCGUCGUCGCAGUCGAAGUGAUUCUAGUCGAGAAAGUAGUCGUGAACGAUCAUCUAGACGAAAGAAUCGUCGUUCACGUGAUCGAAGUAAUUCUGAGGGAUCAAGCGAUGAGAGUGAUAAGAAACGAUCUCGUGGUGGCUCUAGUAGCAAACAUCGUCGAUCUAAAUCGAAAUCACCUACUGAUAAGAAGGCAGGCCGUUCAAAACGUCGUUCGUCACGUUCUGAAUCGAAGAAUCAUGAAAAUGGAGAUGAUCGAACAUCUAAUCAGUCAAAGGACGGUUCCGUAUCACCAUCGAAACGAGAGCGACAAAAUAGUAGUGAUCGUAACAAUGAUGGCGAAGUAGACAAUGAAAACGAUCGACGAAAACCUUCACGUCGCAAGUCUCCCGAUGCUCGUAGUGAUGGAAGUGAUAAUGAGAGCAAUGCUAGUGAGAAGAAAAGUCGUAACCGUCACAAUUCAGGCGAUGAAGACAUGGAUGAUAAAGCUGGUAACGGAUCUGAUCAUUCAAAUGAUGAAAGUGGUGAUCAAAAUUAA